AUGCCUCUAAGCAACAAUGUGCUCGGUUGCAUAAACUUCAUCUCCGUCCUCCUCUCAAUCCCAGUCCUCGGCGCAGGGAUCUGGCUCGCAAUGGGAACAGUAAACUCCUGUGUCAAGCUCCUUCAAUGGCCAGUAAUAAUCCUCGGAAUCUUGAUCCUUCUUGUUGGUCUAGCUGGCUUCAUUGGAGGGUUCUGGAGAGUCACUUGGCUUCUCGUUGUUUACUUACUUGCCAUGCUUGCUCUCAUAGUUCUUUUAGGUAUUCUUGUCGGAUUUAUUUACAUGGUUACCAUUAAAGGCUCUGGUCAUCCGGAACCAAGCAGAGCUUAUCUUGAGUAUAGUCUUCAAGACUUCUCUGGUUACUUGCGUCGACGAGUUCAGAGAUCUUACAAGUGGGAUAGGAUCCGUACUUGUUUGAGUACUACUAGUAUUUGUCCUGAACUGAAUCAGACAUAUACUUCGGCUCUUGAUUUCUUCAAUGCUCAUCUUAGUCCCAUUCAAUCUGGUUGCUGCAAGCCUCCAACAAAAUGUGGAUUCACGUACGUGAACCCUACUUACUGGAUAAGUCCUAUAGAUAUGAAUGCAGAUAUGGAUUGUCUACAGUGGAGCAAUGAUCAAAACGCUUUGUGUUACGCUUGUGAUUCUUGCAAAGCCGGUUUGCUCGCAAAUCUUAAGGUGGAUUGGUUAAAAGCAGAUGUCAUUCUUCUGUUGGCGUUAAUCGGGUUGAUAAUCGUUUAUAUAAUCGGCUGCUGUGCGUUUCGAAACGCGAAAACUGAAGAUAUUUUCAGAAAGUAUAGGCAGGGUCAGCAGGGUUAUACAUGACCAGGUUGAGAAGUUUAGUGGCAAAAGUGGGGGAGAUUGUUUCGAAUUAUUGGGUUCCUCUAUUUUUAGUUAAUGUUUCGGCUCUUGUAGUCUUCUCUUUUUAUUGCAUUGAACAUUUGGUGUAACUGGAAGAAUGUUUGGUGUUGUAUCUCCUUGGUUUGGGUUUGCAAAACUUUGCAUUUGUUAAUUAAUAUUAUUAUAUGUAUUAGUGAUUAUCUAUAUAAUUUUCAAAACCAAAUUCACAUCAAAGAGACAUUAUUC